GAUCAAUAGACAUCGGUGAUGCACAUGCAUCAGUGUACUCAUGUAGUAGUUUAGUUAAAGUGUUAUGCAUGUCUGAGUUCAAAAGGCUGUUUUUUCUGGUAGUGUUAGUGAAUAUCAUGUCUGUUAUGUAAGAAUCUGGUAGUUAAAGGGUUAGAGCUCAGGGCUGGGCCAUAUUACAUGAAGGGAAGGGGUGGGAGAGAGAGAGAGAGGAAGUAUGACAAAGGGGGUAGGGUUGAGAGAGCGUCACAGAGCAACAUGGGGCAGUGAGCGAGAGGGAGCUGAGAGGUUAGGAGUUGCUACUUGGCAAGAUAAUCAGAGACAGGCCACUGAAUCAGAGCUUGGUGCACAGCUGGUGUGACGGGUGAAGAGGCUGCAGGCUAACACUGAGUGGACAGACAGUGACAAUGUGCAGCGAGUGUGGGAUCUAAUAUGCUAGAGAAUAUUAUCAACUCAAUAAGCCAAGUAUCUAACAGGAAACGUUUGGAGACUGCAGGUGGAGCACUGAGGUUUUUGACCUGAGGAGAAUAACUGUAGGAUGUUGCUUUUAAGUACACUUGGAGAUAACUAAUGUGUGAGCUGCAUGUAACAUUACAGGACAAAGAUGAGAAAGAGGAGCAAUUUUUUUUCAUGUUGUAGAUUUUAUUGCAUUUUCUGAAUAAUGUAACACCAGCAACCGCCUUUUGAUUCUGCUUUUUCUCCAGAGGUAAUCAUAUGGACUUGGAUUUGUGGCAUUCACCUGGUACAUAGCACUGAAUGGAUGGUUAAUGAUGGAAAGGACUGCUCCUAAAUACAAUAAGUAAAGUGAACCUUGACUUGAUGUAGCACCAUCUAUAGAAGAUCCUGCAUGUCUCCCUUGCAUCCCUUGCACAAAUGAUACUACUGUGGAGUCCCAUCACCAGCAAAGCAAUAUGGAUUAUAAACUCGUUAACCUGCCGCAUCCUGCCAGGUUGGCAAACCUGUUGAGGCGUUUGAGCCAUGUGGUCCACUAAGAGCAUGGAGCCCGAGGAAGCACACACUCAGAGCAGCUUCCUCAGCAAGGUUGACGUGCCCGACCAUGCUCACUACAUUGUCGCCCUGUUCGUCUUUGUCAUCGGAACACUGGGCAUCACCGGCAAUGCGCUGGUUAUGUUCGCCUUCUACAGUAACAAGAAGCUCCGGAAACUGCCAAACUACCUCAUCAUGAACCUGGCAGUCAGUGAUUUCCUCAUGGCUUUCACACAGUCCCCCAUCUUCUUCAUCAACUGUCUCUACAAGGAAUGGGUGUUUGGAGAGAUGGGCUGUAAGAUGUACGCAUUCUGCGGCGCUUUAUUCGGCAUCGCCUCCAUGAUAAACCUCCUGGCCAUCUCUAUCGACCGCUACAUGGUUAUCACCAAACCUCUUCAGGCCGUACACUGGAGCUCCAAACGAAGGACCACCGUGGCCAUCUUCAUGGUCUGGCUUUACUCUCUGGCUUGGAGUCUGGCUCCUCUAGUUGGCUGGAGCUCCUACAUCCCAGAGGGCCUGAUGACAUCUUGUACGUGGGAUUAUGUUUCACACACACUGGCAAAUAGGAGCUACACGAUGAUGCUGUGCUGUUUUGUUUUCUUCAUUCCACUGGGAAUCAUUUUUUACUGCUAUCUCUUAAUGUUUCUGGCUAUACGCAAAACGAGCAGGGAAGUGGAACGACUGGGUACUCAGGUGAGGAAAUCCACUCUGAUCCAACAGAAGUCCAUCAGGAGCGAGUGGAAGCUGGCAAAGAUCGCCUUCGUUGUCAUUGUGGUUUAUGUCCUGUCCUGGUCACCGUAUGCCUGUGUCACAUUGAUUUCCUGGGCAGGGCAUGCCAACAUUUUGUCACCAUACUCCAAGGCUGUCCCUGCAAUCAUAGCAAAAGCCUCCACCAUCUACAAUCCUUUCAUCUAUGCCAUCAUACACAACAAAUACAGGAUGACUCUGGCAGAAAAGUUUCCCUGCCUUCGCUUCCUGUCACCCACUCCUCGAAAGGAAUGCAUCUCCUCCUCCAUCAGCGAGUCCUCCUUCAGGGACUCCAUCAUUAGCAGACAGUCCACAGCAUCGAGGACUCACUUUAUUUCACCUUGUACUGACAUGGUAUUAAGGGAUGUAGAGAUGGAGUCUUUGGGCAGGAAGUCGGCUGAUUCCUUCAGGAGCAUGUCAUCUUACGGUCAGUCUUACAGGGGCAGGUCCUGUAAGAAACGAUUAGAGCACGACACCACCGAGACCCGCAAAGCCAUGAAGCAUCCAUCUACCAUGAAUGAGUCAUCACACACUUGUGAGCAUGAACUGGUUUCCAGCUCUCUCACCAUCGCCACUCUUCCCCUACUAGUUCUUACCAGGAAACGCAGCCAGAGUCUGACCAAUGAGAUUUCAGGUGCAGAGGAGGAGAAAGGCAGCAUCAGUGAUAAACUGAGCAGCCACAGAAGCGACUCUUUCCAUUCCCUGAAUUUUGGAAAAAUCCCAUCCACUGAUCCCAGGUCACCUCAGGGUGUCCCACGCAUAAUCGUCAUCAGUCCCACGUCUGAAAGCGGCCUCUUCAACUACGACCGUGUCUGCUCAGAGGAGAGCGUUGAGGCGAUGGAGGACAACGUUUUUGUCAGCCUAAACUUCUCAUCUGAAGUCUUUGAGGCAGUGGAGCUUCUCUCCUGACCAGUUGGACUUUACUGGACAAUAAUCACCAAUGUAUUCUUUUCCCCUCAAUAUUUAUAAGAAUUAUUUAAUAUUAUUUAUUAAAAAAUCAGGCCACAGAGCACAACAUACCCUAUCUACAGACUCGGACUGGUUUUGGAUAUGCAUUCAUCUACUCAAAUUAAUAUCUUUGAGCUCCAUGACUCCUGUAAAUUAAAGUUAAGUCACUCUGUUGCUUCUGCAGCUGGAGUGCCAAAGAGCGGUCGGUGUGGCAAAUGAAACAAUAUGACCUGGUUUUGGUAUGCAGUGUGUUUGUCAGACUUUGCAGGAACAAGGAUGCCCUGAGGGGGCAGCAGGGGUUGAAACAUAUUUUUGUUAGAUCCCUCAAAAAUGACAAAUAUAACAACAUAUUUUCAUGAGCUUAGGGCGCAAGUUUGACAGACCGGAUUCUUACUUUAGCUCUUCAAAUUAAAGUCCAGAAAAAGUUUUAAGCUGAAAUAUUUUUAGUUCAUUUGGACUGGGGACUGUAGAGGGGAGAUUUAAACGUGAAAUUAGAUCAGUUUAUUUAGGGUUAUUGUUGUUCUGCCUUUUGUAUGUGUAAAAAUAUUACAUGAUUGACAGAAAAUCGACAGAAAAAUGUUGAUGUAUCCAUCGUAAUGAGAAAAAGUUCAAAAAUAAUCCCAAAAAGCAACAAUUUUUUCAUGAGGAAAAGUCAACAAAGCUGAAGCUGAAAGUUUGUGAGUUUGUUCUCAGAGUGUAGAAAAUAUACACGUACAUGCAUACAUACGUUGUAUAUAUGCAUGUAUGUGUAUACUAUGUAGUUGAUUGUAUGUAUGUACAUUGUGGUAGUAGUUCCUUUAGGCAGUAUGGACCCCUCCAGCCUUUCAGUGGCAGGGACUUUUUUUUGUGGUGAUUUUUAAUAUGUUCUGUUCAUUAUGUUGACAUUAUGCUUUGUGACAAAUGUUCCACUGUUCCCUUAAACUAUUCCUAUACAUAGAAAAAAAUCUUAUAUUAUUUUUACUGUUUUGUUGCUUGUGAAUAUUACAUUACACAUAGUGUGUGCUUCAAAAACCCAUUACAGGAAGUUCACACCAGUAAAGUAGGUUUAUAUGCACAUAUGACCAAAGAUGUUUACUGAAGGCUGUGGGGGUUUUUUAUGGAUUGUCAGUUUAUUGCACUUUUACAAACCCAUCCUUUCUUUUCAGACAUACAACAGAAUCCCUCCAGUUAAACGAGCUCCUCUGGUUCUUAACUGGUUAAUUAUUCCUAAUUAUUGUAAUCCUUCCAGUAAGACUAAUUUGCAGCACACAGUGGCAAUUAAUGCAAGUAGAACAGUAACUAUUUUGCCAGUGUGGCACCCUGACUUGUGAACUACAUUUGGUGUAAUGUCUGUAUCAUCUGUGUUUUAACAUUUGAUACUUGCACGUCUGUUGUUACAUGGGGCUGAUUAAAC